AUGCAUUCAAGAAAUUCAGACCCUACUGCUGGGCUCGAAAGUGAUUGUCUACACCGAUCACGCGACAAUCAAAUACCUUCUGGCGAAGAAAGAGUUAAAGUCGCGCUUGAUCAGGACAAUGGGGAAGCCAUCUCUGACGCAUUCCCUGAAGAGCAUUUGUACCUGAUCAAGUCGAAGUCCAGCCUUCAGUCAAUCAACCACGCUGAGAAGGUAAAUCAAGCUGACCAAAGGAAAGAGAUCCACGGGCAGAGGGAGCCAUGGUUUGCUGACAUGGCCAAUUAUUUGGUGACGGGCGAACUACCCAGAAAUGAUGAGGUCACAAGAGCGCAAAAGCAGAAACUCAAGAGCGACUCCCGCUACUUCUACUGGGACGAUCCUUAUUUGGAGAAGAUAGGAGCUGAUCAAGUCAUCCGCCGCUGCAUACCUGAGUGGGAACAAGAGGACGUAUUGGUCCACUGCCACACACUAGCAUGUGGAGGUCAUUUUGGUCCGAAGAAGACAGCGAGGAAAGUACAUGUUAGUGGGUUUUACUGGCCCUCCAUCCAUAAGGACACAUAUGAGUUCUGCAGGAUGUGCCCCCUAUGCCAAUUGACGGGAGGUAUCUCAGCAAAGGAUGAAAUGCCGCAAGUCCCAGUGAUAGUGUGCGAGAUUUUCGACGUCUGGGGGAUGGAUUUCAUGGGACCAUUCCCAUCGUCUGAACGAAACUUUUAUAUUCUGGUAGCGGUGGACUAUGUGUCCAAGUGGAUUGAAGUGAAGGCAACAAAGACUUGUGAGUCCAAGGAGGUGGCCAAGUUCUUAUGGUCUGAUAUCUUUACCCGGUAUGGAGUACCGCGGGCCGCCAUCUCCGAUCAAGGCACUCACUUCGUCAAUCGAACCAUAUAA